AAUGUACACUGCUAGUUAGUUAAAUGCCAUUACAUUAUUACAUGAAAACAACUGUCAGUUUCAAAUCUUAACCACCAACAACUCGACCUAUAUCUGUCAAGUGCUACUUAGCUGUGGUUGAAUAACUGUGCCGCACCUGUACUGCAAAGCAAGUUGUACUUUUUUUCAGUUGAGAGGAAAUUUCAUACCGGGGUAGUGGAACAAUAUAAAAUAAUGCAAAUACAGGAGGAGGAGUAGGAGGAUGGAAAAUCCAGCAAGUCACUGCAAGUUCACUGUACUGUAAGUGACAGGCAGACUUUCUGAUUCAUAAUUCAGAGUAGAAAGUCAAAAUUAUAAUUAAAACUACAGCUGUAAUUGUUCAGAUAGUUCUUUCUAUUUUUGUAGUAACUUCAUAUACGUCACAGGUGAGUUUCGAUUAAGCUUUAUGAUUACAUCUUUUUUAAAUACUUGGUGUAGGCUUCUUUGAAUUUUAUAGUACUGGUUUCACAUUGACGUGGUUUCACUCUGUUGAUUUUAUCUUUGUCUUUCUGUUCAGCAAUAUUUCUUUUGAUUGCUUUUACACAAAAUAUAUUGGCAGCAGAUUUUCAAUUUUGGUCUUGACAUCUAUUUAUUUAAGGCACUGAAGUUUAAAUACUCAGCGACUGUGAUUUUCACUUGCUUCACUGAGCUUUGGAAGGUUACCACUUUACAAUAAUGCAAACUUAAAGAGGGAUAUCUGAGUAAACUGUGAAAAUAUAUAAUAAAUUGCCAUGUAAAACAUAUAUCAAGUGACGACUGAAGACCAUUCAGGGUAAACCCUUACUUUAAGUAUUUAUCACAGCAGUUGUGAGAUAUAAGGCUUACUCAUUUCAAAAAUUGCUACAAAGUUUAUUAUUAUGACAAUUUUAUAGGAAUGUCAUCAUUGUUUUUCAAAGCCCAGAAAUCCCAAAAUUGGCAUUAUAUUUUGGGAAAUUUUGAUUUUUUAUUAAUAUGAAGUAUUUUUAAAGAAAUAUGUGCUGCAGAUGAACUUGCCCAUAAAUUCCCUUAUAUAUAACCUGACUCCGAUCCAUUUUAUGUUAAUGACCAAAAUGAGUAUAAUGCAGUGCAAUUCAUAUAUGAAUUAUUACUUUUCGAUGACGUAACAAAGACGCAUGAAUGAUUUACAUCAGCAGAGAGUUACUGCAAAUGACAAAGAGAAUUUUUUUUCUCAACCUUUGACAAAGAAACACCAAUCAGUGGAACUUCCUGGGACUUUACUGGGAGUGUUUUGGCUCUGACUUCCUUGUGAGAGCUGAGAACACUCCAUCUUUCACUUCCCUUUAAGGGAAGCUGUGCUCCCCAGGAAGUAUGUCAAGAAACUUGUAUACACUGCAAAGAAUACGCUCGCCUGACAGGAUGGCUCGUGUUCUCAAGAAAAUCACACCGGACUUUACUGAAAUGCAGUCUGUUGAUUCCCUCAGAUAAGAACUAUGGCAGCAGCAGGUUGGGUCUGCUUGGUGACUGUUCUGCUGUCUCUGUCAUUUGUUGUGACGCGUGACCACCGUGGGGAGAUAGAUACCUUCCAUGUAAGUGCUGGCCAUUUCUUUUUGCUGAAUUGCUACACAGCAGAGGCUCAUGACGUCGUGAUCUGGAGCAGAGGGGAGAGUAAAGACAAUCUGAGCCUGCCCACUGGAGUGGAAGUGAGGGACAGGUUACUUUGGUUUCUACCUGUCCAGAUGUCCCACAAUGGAUCUUACACCUGUCAGAUAAGGAAUCAGCCCGGAGUAUUAUUACGGAGGCUAAAGUUUUGGGUGUCAGUGUCUAGUGGAGAGUGUCCUUAUACCGUUGAGAGCAUUUCCAUCACAAAAGGAGUGAGCGACAGUCUUCCUUGUAAACAGAAAGAAAUCUUCGGCCUGAAUAGCGUGGUGAAUGUACGAUGGAUGAAGGAUUGCCAGCUCAUUCAGCGGCAAGGGAAACCCAUCUCUGUUGAUAUGAAAGGCAACAUGAGGCUUCCUCAAGCCUCAGAGGAGGACAAUGGGAAAUAUACCUGCCUGAUAGACAUUAACUUGGAUGGCAGGAAUUAUACCGCUUCACGCAGCAUCCUGUUGACUGUUAAAGAUGACCUCCCAGAAAAAGUUUUUGUAGAGCCACAGCUGGUGACCCCUGACAAGCAAGAGAUUACAGUUGAACUAGGUUUGAGAGUGGAGCUGCAGUGUUUAGCAUUCAUAGGCUACAGUGAGGAUAACGAGUCUUCACUGCACUGGACUGUUGGCAAGGAUUUCGCUGAGGACCUCGAGGAGAUUAGUGUGUCCCGGAAAACUAUUCAUAGAGAAGGCAAAGUAUACGAACUGGUCAUUCUGUCCAUCGCUAAAGUUCAUCGCAAGUUCCUGAAUUUUGAGUUCGAGUGCCAUUUAGAAAGCCUAGCGGGAGAACAAGUCAGUGUGGUGAAGCUUAAAGAAGCUGACCGCAGUUCUUUCCACAUGAGUUGGGCUUUUUGCCUUUCUGCAUCUCUGGCUGUUCUAGCCUUGGCUGCGUGCUUCUUCUUCUUUAAAGUAAACCUGAUAUUGGCUUACAGGGAUCUGUUGGCACAUUUUCCCAAACAACAAGUUCCAGAUGGGAAGCUCUAUGAUGCCUACGUGAGUUUCAUCCAUUCCAAUGCCAUGAGUUCAGAUGAGGGCACGAGGUUUGCCAUGCAGAUCCUGCCUGAGAAGCUGGAGGAACAAUAUGGCUACUCUCUGUUUAUCAGAGGACGGGAUGACUGUCCUGGCGAAGCAAUACACGAUGCAACAGCUGCUGCGAUGCACCAGUGCCGCAGACUGCUUAUCAUCUUAUCACCUGAGGGGAAAACGGAGGAAAGCACUUGCAUAUGUGACAAUCAAAGCCAAGUGUGGUAUGAGCAGAAAGUUGGCCUUCAUGAUGCUUUGACGAAGAAUGAUCCCAGAGUUAUUCUGGUGGAAAUUGAUGGUCCAGUGGAUUACAGUCACUUGCCAGAGUCUCUGCGUUAUAUCAAGAGGAAACAAGGAGCCCUGAAGUGGAAGAAAGAUUUUCUUGCGACACACAAAUUCACAGAAUUAUACUCAAAGAGAAACUUUUGGAUAAAUCUCAGGUACCACAUGCCCCCAGUACCUACAAGAAGGCUCCAAACUAUUGUCUAAACAAUAUCUUAAAGUUUUAUUGAUGGGAUUCAUCCAUCAGGCCUGUUUCUUGGAACACUUGACAAAUGGAAACUUUACGUGCUUACAGCUGUUGUCACCUGUAUUUUUAAGACUCACUAGGACUACAAUAAGCAAGCCCAUACAUUCUUCUGCACAAUGAAUUUCACAACAUGUGCAACAAGGAUGGAGGCAUCUGCUGGACUUUUCUAUUGGUGCAUGUUUGCUAUUACUUCCUUCAUAAGUGAUAGCAAUACAUUUUUUCUACAUUUGAAUUGUAUUUUUUUAUGCACUUAUAAUAUAUCAUCAGGCAUGCUAGCAACUUUUAAAAUUGCACCUUUCCUUUAUAGAAGGGCUGUGUACAUACAUAUGUGUACAUAUUUGAAAGGAUAAUUAUUUUUUAUGUUGACAGCAUUGCUUAUUUUUAUAUUGAAUGAUAGAUUUUUGAAUGAUACAUAUUUAUAUUCUGUUAUUUAAGUAUUUGUGACUGAGUAUAAAUGUUUAAGUAUUAUAUAUUUUGUAUUCUUUUUUUCCAAGUUUCCCUUCCAAGUAUGGCUUACUGAUUGUGUCUCUUCAUCACAUCAGUUUACUCAGAGGAAAAGAUUAAAAUUUAUUCAGUACAAUAGUUUGAGGCAAUGGCAUUCCAUCAAGACAAGCACCUAGUCAAAUUCAAAAUUAGACAUUAAUUAAAACAUAGCAAGAGGAAGCAAUAUCUCUACUUUCGUGUCAAACAGUGCUCUGUCAUGAUGUGCGUCGCCUGUUUGCAUUCAUCCCUAUCCCUACAUCACUAGAAUAUUCUGGAUGCUACUGGGUAUAAUUGUCGAAAGCUGCACUUGCCUGGGAUCUCAAUGGAAACAGUAGCGUGUCUCUGUUUUAUGGGCAUGUCUGUGUCCCAUGAACGAUAGCUGGAGCUUGUCAAGCCAAGAGUCCAGCAGCUUUUUCUGACUGAUUUUGCAUGUUCAUUGUGUAUAAAGUCCAGUCUUUAAUGGGAGACUGAUAGAAUAUUAGUGCACUAGACAAGAUGCUUCACUGCUGUCAGAUCAAGUGACAGCUUUGCUUUGUGUGGAAACACAGCUAGCAUUAGCAACUAGAGUCUUCUGUGAUAAGUUUCCUCUUAUUGGCCAUCUUGGACAAUAUGUGUGAUGCAGAGGAAUUAGAGUGCUGUGUAACUGUAAUUAUACAGCACUCUAAAGGAGUAAUGUGUUAAUUACUCCUUUAGCACAUUAGCAAGGUAAAGCUUGAUAAUAAGGAGUGAGCGCAAACAGAAGAGGUGCAGUCUCAUGUUCAGGGACAGCCACUACAAAUAUGAUUAAACGGUGAGUAUAAAGCAUUUAAAAAUUAGCUCAGCCUUAAUAACUUUGGCAGUAUUUUUUAUCUAUACAACACAGAUGAGGAACAUUUCACCACAGCUUUGUUUAUAGUGUUUUAUUGCCACUUUUGCUAGAAGAAUGGUUUUAAAAAAUCCCUCCAUUCUUCAUGGUCACCUAAUAGUAAAUUAAUUUCAGUAAUGUAGAAGAUAUUUAACUAUACAGGUAAAAAUAUUUACAAUUUUCAGCCAGGUUUGAAUAUAAGCGCAAACAUGUCCAUGUAAGAAGGCUGUUAGCAUUUGAAACAUCUCUUUAAAAAGGUGUUGCUGUUUUGUAUUAUGAUUUAGUGCUUUGUAUGCUGAAGAACAGGAAACCAGUCACAACUGAAUCAAGUCAUUUUAAGGGCAAUACACCUUAAACACAAGAUAUCAUGAUCUUGAAGUGGAAAAACCUCUAAAUGGAAAACUCCCCUAAAAACAGUGUGCUAAUAUUAGCCAGCUGAUGUUUUGGAACCUUCCAAGAUCCUCCGUUUAACGGAAAGACACCAUCUAAAUACACAAAAUAACCAUAAUGCUGCGCUUUUUCUUGUUAACAGUGCUGUGUCCCUUCCAAAGGCCAGAUGGUGCUAGGGGAACCAGAUAAUAAUAAUAAUAAUUUAAUAAAAAUAAGUUUGUGUGUGAAGAGGGCCAGGUUUGUAAUUUAGAUUUAUUGAAACACAAAUAUAUCCAGAUAUAUGCAAUUUAAACACAGUAAAAGUUUGCAGGUUUGACACUGAUCCAAUCUCCUCUUAAAUAAGUACAAUACGCAUACACUGUAUACAUGCAGAAAAAGAUAAAUGAAAAAUUAAACAUUCAGAAAUGUAAAAGCAUCUCUAAAACUAUUAUAAAGAUUUUAUACUAUACUGUCAAAGACUUAAAGACAAACCAUAAAAUUAAAUUUCAUGACUUAGAAAUCAGUGGCAUAUUUAACAGUUUUUGAUUAUUUUCAGACUAAUCCUAACUGAUACUUUCUGUGCACUUUGUGCAAUUUGUUUUCGGUGUAUAAAAAAAAUCCCCUCUUUUACUUAUCUUGGUCAUUUGAUCUCCGUGUACUGCCAGCAUCCUGUGUUUGCGGUUUUAUGCAGCGGGAGUCGUCGGUCUCUUUCUGUUUGUGUUGGCUGUCACCUAGACUUUAUUCCUGACAAAACAGAUUUUCUCAGAAUUUUCUGAGCACUGACAGCUAUAAAAGGCACGAAAUGACAGAUCAAAUCAUGUUACCACUGCUUGUCUAUAUAUGAUCUAUAUAUUGGAGGGGUUCUACUUUUGGCUAUCACCGAACCCAUUUCCUUGCCUUAAAUCUGAUUGCCUGAAAACAGCAAAACCUAGUGAGUUCACUAACAGGUCACUCAUCUGAAAAAUGUUUCUCAACAGCAUAUCAACACACUUGAACGAUGUAAAUCUGCUUAACUUCAGCGUAUUACGAGCUUGUAUAUAUGUUAUCAUUCUCAUAGUGAUAUUUAGCUCAAAGCAUCCAAAUCUGGCUUCAGCUUCAGAGCUGCUGUGCGGGCUGAACUUUAAAUUAUAUGCAAACAUAUUAUAACUUGGUGCUAAAUAUUGAGUAAAGACUGGUGAGAAAGGAAUUAGUCAGUUAUGCACUAGCAUUACUCAUAAAUGAUUCUCUCAUUCAUCUGUAGAUGGAUGUACUGCUGGAACCCAAGAUAAUAUAAUGCAUCAAUCUCGCAUGUUCCUGAGAAAGGCUUUCCACCCACAUUAACAAACUUUGUGUUCUUAGGGAGUGGGAUUCCCCAUCAGGGACUUCAACAAUCAAGCUGUUCCUCUCCAAGUCUUGAACAAUUUCCUCUCUUUGGUUACCUCCUAAUUACAGCUUUUUCCCCGUUAAACUCGCGUAACACGCAGGUCCAGCACACCAACAGUUUCCAAUCCAGUCUCUUUAUCACAACAAAUCCACAUAAAUUCUAAUUAAAGUGAAUCAACUUCCUGAUGUCACUGAUUAUUUUAAGAGCAAAACCCUCCAGAUCAGGUUAAAACUAUUUUCCUUUAAAAUGUUCACUUAUCUCACUGGAGUCUCCAAUUUCAGCCGGCUUCCCUUCUCCAACUGUGUCCUACAGAAAAACAAAGAACAUCCUUCCUGUUUUCUCUCCCCUUUAUUGAGAAGGGCUCAAAUCAUUACCAAUCAACUACUCUCUGUACUCAACUCUAAAUAGCUGGCAGCUGGAGAAGAGCUGCAGAACACAAAGACAAAACACAAAAACACCAAAGCAUGCAAUAACUCAAAUGGAAGAUGAUGCCAACUAGGGCUGGGCG